AUGUCUGGAUGCGCAAAUGCUGGUCAAGCUCUCGGCAGAGGCUUGAAGUUGUACACGUCCAGGAACACUUAUACGUUACCCUUUCUCUACCAAACACCAACACUGCGCCGCUAUUACAGCGCAUUACAAGACCUGGCCAAAGAGAACGCCUCAAAGACCGACCGGAAGCCCAAGAUCAAGAGACCACCUCGAGAACCUACGUCCACAAUCGCCCACACCACGACCGAGCCUGGGUAUGAAGAGUUCGUGCCCUUCGAGACUCCUGGAGCUGUCGAAUCAGCUGUCGUGCAAGAUACAAUCCAAGGAGAGUCUCUUACAGGGACAGAGCGUCAUGCUUUCGCCCAACUCGAAGCUCUAGCAAAUGCUCCUAAGCGAUCUGCUACCAAGAGAAGGGAACUAGCGCGACAAAAUACGUUCAUAAGUCUAGACGACGUUCUCAACGAAGCAAUCACAGCCAUCGAGGCCAGCGAAAAGCAGGAUCUAGAUGUCGAGCACAGGAUCCGUGCAAACGCAAAGAAAAGCGCAACUGUACUCACAAAAAAAUUAGAAAGAGGGGAAAGCGAAUUCCAGAAACUCAGUCGUGAAGAUAGACGCACCCUAGGCACUCUGCACAAUGCAUCUACCGAUACAAUGCUCUGGGAAAUUCUAGAAACACGUCUGUUCUCUCAAAUCGCCCAGCUACACCUCGACAGUCCAGCCCCUGCCGCCGCAAACAUUACCCCCGAGCGACGUCGCUUCCUGAUGCAAACCUUUCCUUUACGUCUAGUCACCGCAGCUUCAAUACUGCGAAGACACUUCCCAACCUCCAACCUCAUCCUCGCCAUCCUCCCACGUCUCAAACAACUAGGUCCCUCGGCCUACGCACUAGCAACCACCGCAGACCUCUACAAUCAACUCCUCGCCUUCUACUUCCGCAAAUUCUCCGACAUCGACACUUGCAAUGCUCUCCUUCAAGAAAUGGAAGACAACAUCAUCGAACCCUCUGCCUCGACCCUAAAAGUCCUAGACUAUAUCCUGCAAUACCGUACCGAUUGCGUCAAAAACAAUAAACUAGGUCCAGCGGUAAAGUCUUUGUUUACGACGGAAAAAUACCGUAGGGAUUUUGCGGUCAUGGAGAAGUGGAGGGCCAAGGUUGAGCAGAGUUUGGCUGAGCAGGAGAGUAGAACGCAGAGAAAGCUUCAGGAACGUGAGAUGAGGAGUAAGGAGGAGCUGGAAGAGUUGGAAUUGCCAGGUCUUUCCUACCGGCCAAUUAGGGAGGUGGAAAAAGGGGAGCAAAUGGCGAGGAUUGAGUCUUGA